CAGCGCAUCAGAGUGAGGAAGACGACAAUGGUUGGUCUGAGAAUUCCAUAAAGUGCUGUUCCUGGGAUUUUCACGUGUCAAACAUCGCUAGGAUUUACAAAAAAAAAACAAAUGUCUGGUCUCUGAACACAUCCAAGCCUGAAGCAGAUGGACGACAGCAGCAGGAGACCACACCUGGGGCCACUGCUGCCACUGUGUUCGAUGUCUUGUGUACCUAAUAAAGUGGCUGCGGCAGCAGCGAUGGACCUGACUCUGUGGCAGUACCAGUUCCGGAUCAUCAUGCUGGGGGACUCCACAGUGGGCAAGUCGUCCCUGCUGAAGCGCUACACUGAGGACAUCUUCCUGGAAUCCAUCAACCAGACGGUGGGUGUGGACUUUUACGUCCACUUCCUGGAGGUGGAGCCGGGCGUCCGUGUGAAGCUGCAGUUCUGGGACACGGCUGGACAGGAGAGGUUCAGGUCAGUGACCCGCUCCUAUUACCGCAACUCUGUGGGAGGCAUGCUGGUGUUCGACCUGACACAGAGAUCCACCUUUGACCACAUCAAGGACUGGCACGCCGAGGUGUGCGAGCGGGUGCAGCCACACAAGGUCGUCUUCGCCCUGGUGGGACAGAAGAGCGACAGGGACGCUCACGACGAGAGGGCGGUGAGCCGAGAGGAGGCCGAGAGGCUGGCCGGACAGCUGGGCGUGCCCUACAUGGAGGCCUCCGCCAAGACGGGCCACAACGUCAGGGAGUCCUUCGAGCUGAUAGCCCGUCGGGUCUAUCAGGGUCUUCUGAGCGGAGAGGUGCAGCUGCUGGAGGGCUGGGACGGAGUGAAGUGUGCCAACUCACAGACGCUGCACAUGCAGAGAGCCGGUCUGUCUCAGCCCAGCUCCGGGUCCAAGAACAAGAAGAAGUGCUGUGAUUAGACUCUGGACUGACUUUUGUCACCGUGUCUGGAUGCUGAUAUUCUCUGUGGCUGUACGAGGGUCUGACUUAUUCACCUGUUCACUGAUUUCUGUGAUAUCUAAAGAAUUCUCAGUCUGCCUUUUCUGACUUUGAGAGGUUUUAGAAACUGUUUGUUCCCCCAAAUUCCACAGAGAAAAUCAGGGAUUUUUAAAUCCCCUGCCGUCUCCAUCAAUACACUUAAGUGUAUUAUUUGUGACUUCUGUGUUUGAAAUCCUUUCUUUGGAGUGACACAAACUUACCUGUGAGGCAGACGUAAACCAGCAGCUUCUGUGUUCCCACAAGCUGAAACCGCUGGGUUUUCUCUGUGGAAGAGUGAGCAGUUUCCAAACAUUGGUUUGUUAUAUAUAUAUAACGAUAGUGAAGGAGACGAAUUCUUAAGAUAUUAUAAGAGCAAAGAUUGUAUGAGGUCAGCCUUUAGUGAACUCCUUGUGUCCCUGCUGUGUCAGUAACAUAUGCAGCCACACGUCAAAGAACCUGGAAUUGUUGUGAUAUUAUAUCACUUUAAGUGAUAUUAAUAACUUGAGGUGAUAUAACUUAAAAAAGUAACUUAAUACGUUCAACUUUAUGACAUUUCUAAAUGGGUAGAAUUUUAACUUGGUCCAGAAAUCAAUAAUUUAUUAGAUGCAAGUAUCUGUAAGAACAUAAUAUCUAGUAUCUGUGUAGCGUGGGCUAAAAGGUCAAUCCUGAGGGUUUUUUAUUCAAAUAUAUGGGCGUUACAUUCUGUCAAAAAUCAAUACUUAGAUGAUGAACAGGUGAUUGUUGAGUUGCAUACGCAGAUUAUACAGAUUAUUUUAAUACUAAUGUUUUAGUAUCACACUGGCCUGAGGUGAACCCUCCAUCUCUGAUAUUAACAUGUUUUAUUGUGUUUAUUGUUUGACUCGUUCAGACUUUUUUUAGGAUGUUGUGUAGAGUCGGUGCAGCAGCCAAAUGCACUCACUUUCUAUCUAAACUAGUGUUGGGAUAUUAUCACAACCAAUUUAGUUGCUUUUUCCCCAAAACAUUGGACUACUUUUGUUGUUAAGUGUUUUUGCUGCGUUGUCACUCAAUUUGGCACAGUCAGCAGGAGAACAUUCAUUACAAUUACAUAUCUACCAGAGGAGGUGCAGAAGUGUUCGCUCUCAGAUCACUGGAUUUCUUUUUUAUUUAUGAUGCCAAGAGGUUUUUAUGAAUCAAUAACCCCACAAAAUAAACCCUGCCUUCAUGGUUUCAUGGUGUGUUCCAUUUGUAGCGGCAACUCGGAAGGUUCCGAGGUCAUGGGGUGUUUCCAAGGAACUACCCAGAGUUCUGUUACAGAACAACUUCUGUUGUAUUUAGUGUCACAGUAAAUCAGUCGCACACGUAGUACUGUUUCAUUCUGAACCGCAGACGUGUUGAUAAACCGUCUGCUUGCACAUGAUACACAUGAUGUAGAGCAUUGUUAACAAUAGCUAAAUGGAAGCCAGCAUCACAACCUGAAAAGUUUUUGGAGCCACUUCUGUACAAGGACAUUUGACUUUUUCCCCCUGAACCUGGUCCUUGAUACAAAUCUGGCAUUCCUGUGUGUGUGUGUGUGUGUGUGUGUGUGUGUGUGUGUGUGUGUGUGUGUGAUCCGUUGAAGAAUGAAGGCAGAUAAUGUAUCGAGUCCCCAGUUUGAGAUUCUAAACAUCACCUGAGGCCCUGAUGUGAUCAAAUAUCCUGGGCUGAAGUAGUUUAGCAGCGUGGAAACAGCACAGCACGGCCUCCGGGGGCUGAGCGAUUGUUUUUAAGUGCCAUUGUUGAAAUUAAUUAAAUGAAAACUCCGGGGUGCUUCUGGAUAUUGUUCUGUAGAAAUGUCUGUGAGAGGCUUUUAUUGCAAUUACUGUGUAUCUGGCUGAUGAGCAACCUCCUGUGUUCCUGUAACCAAAAUAAACUGCAGUUUGUUUCACUGGACGACCACA